AUGUCGUCCGAUGACGAAGGAGGAGAGGAGUAUCUCUUCAAGAUAGUCAUAAUCGGCGACUCGGCCGUCGGAAAAUCAAACCUUCUGUCUCGGUACGCCCGGAACGAGUUCAACGCGCAUUCCAAAGCCACAAUCGGCGUCGAGUUCCAGACGCAGAGCAUGGAAAUCGAAGGCAAAGAUGUCAAAGCUCAGAUUUGGGAUACUGCUGGUCAAGAACGGUUCCGCGCCGUCACCUCCGCUUAUUACCGCGGCGCCGUCGGAGCUCUCCUCGUCUACGACAUCAGCCGUCGCAGCACCUUCGACAGCGUCGGACGCUGGCUCGAUGAGCUCAACACACAUUCGGAUACAACGGUGGCGAGGAUGCUGGUGGGGAACAAAUGCGACCUAGAGAACAUAAGAGCGGUGAGUGUGGAAGAAGGCAAAGCUUUAGCGGAAACCGAAGGACUCUUCUUCAUGGAAACAUCGGCUCUUGACUCAACAAACGUUAAAACAGCUUUUGAGAUGGUGAUCCGUGACAUCUACACCAAUGUUAGCCGGAAACAGCUUAACUCCGACACUUAUAAAACGGAGCUUAGCGCCAAGAACAGAGUAAGUCUCUUUAAAGACGACAGUAAAGACUCCAAACAAGGCUUCGGUUUCUCUUGCUGUUCUUCCUCGUGA